AUGUUGGGCUGGUGGAUCUCAAUGGUGACCCAACUCAACACCCUUGAAGGUCCAGAGUCAGAGAGUCAGAACAUCCAUCAGAGCGUUGCAGAGGUACUUGGUGACAAGUACCACUACGCGAAUGACAUUGACAGCUCUCUGCUCUGGACAGUUGGGUACACCCCCUACAUUCCCCCAGCUCUGAAAGGAAGAAGCUUCCUCUCUGUCGAGAGCUUCUUCCUGGAUGAGUGGGAGCCACUGACACUCCUGCAGACUCCUCAGGUUCUGUCCACCAGUGUUUCCAUCGAGGAAGACAACCUGAUCCAGUCUGCUGCAGGCCUAGUGUCUCAGGUUCUGUCCACUAAUGUUGCCAUUGUGGAGAAUGACCAGAUCCAGUCUGCUGCAGGCUUAGUGUCUCAGGUUAUGUCCACCAGUGUGGCCAUUGUGGAGAAUGACCAGAUCCAGUCUGCUGCAGGCCUAGUAUCUCAGGUUCUGUCCACUAAUGUUGCCAUUGUGGAGAAUGACCAGAUCCAGUCUGCUGCAGGCCUAGUAUCUCAGGUUCUGUCCACUAAUGUUGCCAUUGUGGAGAAUGACCAGAUCCAGUCUGCUGCAGGCUUAGUGUCUCAGGUUCUGUCUACCAGUGUUGCCAUUGUGGAGAAUGACCAGAUCCAGUCUGCUGCAGGCCUAGUAUCUCAGGUUCUGUCCACUAAUGUUGCCAUUGUGGAGAAUGACCAGAUCCAGUCUGCUGCAGGCCUAGUGUAUCAGGUUCUGUCCACCAGUGUGGCCAUUGUGGAGAAUGACCAGAUCCAGUAUGCUGCAGGCUUAGUGUCUCAGGUUCUGUCCACUAAUGUUGCCAUUGUGGAGAAUGACCAGAUCCAGUCUGCUGCAGGCCUAGUAUCUCAGGUUCUGUCCACUAAUGUUGCCAUUGUGGAGAAUGACCAGAUCCAGUCUGCUGCAGGCCUAGUAUCUCAGGUUCUGUCCACUAAUGUUGUCAUUGUGGAGAAUGACCAGAUGCAGUCUGCUGCAGGCUUAGUGUCUCAGGUUCUGUCUACCAGUGUGGCCAUUGUGGAGAAUGACCAGAUCCAGUCUGCUGCAGGCCUAGUAUCUCAGGUUCUGUCCACUAAUGUUGCCAUUGUGGAGAAUGACCUGAUCCAGUAUGCUGCAGGCUUAGUGUCUCAGGUUCUGUCCACCAGUGUUGCCAUUGUGGAGAAUGACCAGAUCCAGUCUGCUGCAGGCCUAUUGUAUCAGGUUCUGUCCACCAGUGUUGCCAUUGUGGAGAAUGACCAGAUCCAGUCUGCUGCAGGCCUAGUGUAUCAGGUUCUGUCCACCAGUGUUGCCAUUGUGGAAAAUGACAUGUUCCAGUCUGCUACAAACCUAAUGUCUCAGGAUAAUGAAGUUGAUGCCAGUGCUACAAGCCUGGAGCAAUCUGCUGAGAAAAUGUCUACCUCUACCACUGAUGUCAACGACAUCUCAACUGCUGCUGCCAAGAAGAAGAAGAGGUGUGGAUUAUUCUCAUCUCUCUGGAGAGCUCUCAGGGGGAAGAACAAGAAGCCUGGAAGCUAAAGUGGCUUCCAAGAAAGAGGAUGGAAUCACCAAGGAUGUGAGCAGCCUCACCUGCCACCACAACACCACACAGGGAAAUCACUGAUGCAGGCACCCACAACGGUGUUCCUAUGUUUUAUCCCACUUUGUCUUCAUCCCCAAAUCCCUCUCCCCCACCCCACCCCACCAGUUUUAUCUUCUGUAAACCUUGUGUCAUUGCAUUUGAUCGUGUUUGUCUCUCAUUGGGAUCACUGUCAUUGAAAAUGGAAGGGGUUUCGUAGUUCAACUACUUGUCAAUAAAUCAC